CAGUUCAGUUCAUGAUACUCUUGAAUGAGUAUUUCAGCUAACCGGACAGUACUGUAUUAAAGGUGUAUUCCUACUUUGUAAUACACUAGUCAAGUGUAAAAACGUGGAAUAAUACCUCAGAAAUAGAAAUAUCACGAUGAUAACGACGUUGAGAUCACGUGUCUUCUCGCCUGAUAGUGACGAGUUAAAAAGACGAGAGCUGUUGUACACGGUGGCACUAUUUAGGCUUACAUAGCCUCUGUACAUACAUAGACUGUAUAUACUUCUACUUCUAUAUACAGUCGAUGGUCUGUACUGUAAAAAACGAACCCAGAGUGUGUGUUGAGGGAAUCCUCUUGACUCGUAAACGAUCCACACUCACCUGUCGCUAGGAUACUUUGCCCUCCUCUGCUGUCUACACAGUCACGUUAUUGGUGGAUGAGUGAUGGGGGAAGUGCUGUUGCUCGAGAAGUUAGUUACCCUCUGACUGUGUGUCUUAAGCCGAACACAAAUAGAAAGAAAAAGUGUGGUUUUAGCGCAUUUUUUAGUAGCUGGGGUAGUAAAAGAGACUUUAUUCCUGUGUUUUGUUUAAAUCGAGUUUUUCCGUCAUGGAGUUUGGUGAAGAGUCAUCGCCCGCUCUGGCUUUUGAGAAGGACGCGUUUGAGCUGACUGUAGAAGAUGUUUAUGACAUUUCCUAUGUGAUCGGCAGAGAUUUGUUGAAAAUAAGCAGCACAGGCGAAGAAGUGUCGGAUUUACAGUUCAGAAUAGUCCGGGUUUUAGAAAUGUUCGAGACUUUGGUGAACAAAUACAACUUAUCUCUGGAGGAGCUGAAAAUGGAGCGGGACAACUUGAAGAGCGAACUGGACCGGAUCAUAAAGGAGAGCUCCUCCGGGCAGGCCACAGUGAGUCCAGUCUUUAUUUACAGUUCAGUAUCUGUCAGACAUAUGAAGUGAAGAGUCUGGAGACAUUUCAUAUCUUUGUCCGCCAACCAAAGCAAACAGCGGGACCGAACCAGCUGGUGGUGGACCUGACAGACCCGAACAGACCGCGGUUCACCAUGCAGGAGCUGAAGGAGGUCCUGCAGGAGAGGAACCAGCUGAAGGCCCAGCUCAUGGUGGCUCAAGAGGAGCUGCAGCUCUACAAAAGGUGAGCUGCUGCUGGAAGAUUUAUACCUAAGUUAAAUGAUCAUGUGACCUCCUUUUUAAAAAGUCAUGAAUGUUUCUCACCCUCCAUUUCUAGACAUGAAGACAUUUUCAUUAAAAUGCAAAAGUUGGACAAGGUUUAAGCGGUCUGAGGAGCCAUAAACAAACCUCAACCAAAGCACCACUCUAUAGCCACAUAUAAUGCUCAGAACAGCACCUAACUUCAUCAACAGAACAUAUAGGGUCCCAGCCAUAAUCCUAGCCACCAAACAUCUUUUUAGCUUUGCCUGAUUUCUUUAGCAAAGAGACUAAACACAACUCACCUACUCUCUUCCAGCAGCAGCUUGUUUGUAGCGAGACCUUGGGCACAGUCUACAGUGGAGUGACACAGCUCAAGGAAGAACAUUUAUGAUAAUUUCUUUACGGAAAUACAAUCAGACCAAGACGCUAAGGCAGAAGAACUACCGCGUCUGCAGUGCAAAAUGAUUAAUAUGGUGAUUGUUACUUCAAGGAAAUGAUAAAGUAAUGAUCAUAAAUGUUCUUUGAGCUGUGUCACCCCGCUGUAGUAAGUGGCUGCUGGAAGAGAGUUAUUUGUGGCUAUUGAGUGGCGUUUUGGUUGAGGUUUGUUAAUGGCUCCUUAGACCACUGUGUAUUGCUAUCAUGCAGUCGUUACUAAAGUUGGUAUAACUAGAGAAGCAAGUGGUCGGCAACAUUCAUCUCUCGAGGUGGUGUCUAACUCGGUGGUAUGGUGUGUUUGACCCUAAAUUAAUUUUACGCCAGAAUAUCCCUUGAAGAGUAACCCCAAGGCUACACUGAGACCACUCUGAUAAAAACCAAGAAAACUCAGCAUGAACAAUGCAAUACAUUCUGCAUAAAGAGCAUCAUAAAUCUGUGUAAAAUCCUCCUUUUAGCGUGAGAAAUAACCUCCAGAAGAAUGUGAGACUGUACUUUAUCAGCCACCCUGAAUAUCAGUAUCCCAAAGUAAACACCUGUAUUCAGAAACAAGGCCUGAUUUUUUUAACCAGAUACUGAGUUAUUUAUCUGUAUUUGUAACUUAUUUGCUACACAGACUCCACAGGCAGUGCUUCAAAAUAUAUUAUUUAAUUUGUAGAAGUGCAGGCCUUCAGUAAUACCCCGACACUGUUUCCCCUUAGGUGGCCUUGCAUACUGAUUAUAACUUUGCUUGUGGUAUAUUUCAGAUCGUAGACCUGAGUUAUUUCUAUACUUGCUGUAUUUUACUCACUCUGAGUUACAUUAUAGCGUUUACUAAAUAAUAGACACUGCUGCUGUUUCCUUUGAGGUGAUUAUAUACCUGAAAUCAGCUGCUCUUGACACUUCAAACAGUAGUAUUGUCAUGUGUUGUGUGGGCUCGUUUUAAUUUGGAAGGAGAGAUCAUUUGUGAUAUAGUGUUGAUUUUUUUACAACACUAAUAAAAAAUGGUCUCUGUCUGCUGCACCCUUCUGUAAUUUAGUCUGUGAAGGAUCGUUUUUGUACUGAUGGAGCUAUUGAAACAGCUUUAGUGUGGAUUAUUAAAUUUGCCAUGGCUGUUACAUGAUCACACUGAGUCCUUGUAUAAUACUACAUGUCAAAUUUUAUUUUUUGGCCAGAAAGUGACUAUUUGAUGUACAAUGCUGGACUAAAAUGAUGUUAUCAAAGGCACAAAAAAUAUAAGUAGCAGAAAUAUGAUGGGCUGAUCCAACCAGGGCCCCAUUUUUUCCACUCGAUUCCUAUUUUUUCAAAACUGCUGAAACUAGUUUUGAAGUUUCAGAGAUUAAUUCAGUCUUGUGUUUAGCCUCCAUCUUCUGUUUUCCAGCUACUUUUGGUAAAAGCUCUAGUCUCUUUCCUCUGCAGUGGGAUUCUGCCACAGGCUGAACCAGCCAUGGUGGAAGUGGAUCUGAACGCACCAGAAGCUACAGAGAGCAGUCCGACUACGCUAAAUGAUGCAAAAGAGGAGAAGACAACCAUAGGCAAACUGUGAGUAACCAGCAGGAGUAGCAUCUGAAAAUAUCAAGAGUUCAGACUAAAGUAGUAUUAAGCAACUUGAAUUUGUUUCUAAUUACAUGCUGUCAUGAGCUGUACACCUCAGAUGGCGAGGUUUCAUGUCAAAGUUAAGCGGUAACCACAUGAUGUUGAAGCGAGCUGGUAGGAAGAGUGUUCUCACAGUCUGUCUGCUGUCUCCUAAUGAUAUACUUGUGACCAAAUGCAUUCAUGCUGAUGCUGAGGAUGUUUGUGUGAGAGCCCAAUGAGAAAAAUAAGAAGUAGGAAACUAGCAGAGAGUCUGCCAAAGUGCUGCUGCUGCUGCUGUCAGUAAUUACAGACAUCAUGACUCAAAGUUUCUUUUCAGGGCACUUUAAUUUGUGUUCCACAUUCACCUCCCUGUGCUCCUUUUACUCACUCUCAACCUUUUCUGUGUUUUUUUUUUAGCUUUUCAUUCAGGCGAAAAUAAGAGGAAACUUCAAGAGAACGGACCAAACAGGACAUGUCUGCACAACUAUGUGCUUAUUAAACCACUUUUAUAUCGACUAUUUUUACUAUGUGAACUUGUCGAUCGAACAAGCACUGUGUUUUGUACUGGAAAUUUAAGCCUCAGAUGGUGUUUGGUAAUUUAGAGAUGUUGUCGGUAAAAUCAUUUAAAAGAGGAUUUGAUGUAGAUAUCAAAAGAAACUGGAAAGUAUUAAUCAUGAAGUGAACAAGCAUUAGUGAUUAUGUUUCAUGCAGUCACUUAAAACCAAGUUAUUUAUGGGCUUAAAGGCUAGAUCUUAAGUUUUAAAUGACAAAAUUAGGUCUUUUAAAGGACUGGAUGUUUGUCAUCAUGAAAUGAAGGAUUUUUUCCCCAGAAUUUGAAGCAUUAGUUUGUUACUGUAUUUGAGUUGGACCAUAUUUCUAUGUACUGAGUUCAGCUUCAAAUUGCAUCAUAAAAUCACAAAUAUUGAUUGAGGGGUAGAGAAGUUUUAAGUUUAAGUGAAUAGCAGAGCAUAGACCUUUAUUUGUAUGUUUUAAUCUAGUCUUCAAAAUUUACUCCACAUUCCAAUUGUCUAGUCAGUAUUGUGUUUUUGAAGCUGCAGAUUUCUCAGUUAUAAUGAAAAUUGAUUUUUUUUAGAUUUAACAAUAACAGUCAGGCUUUUGUGGUUUUGACCUAAAUGGAAAUAAAGUUGAUUACCCUGACGUAAUCAUUAUUUCA